AUGCUGUUCCUCGGCUUUCUUUUCACCCUUCUGUGGCUGCCAGUCACUGUUUCGGCUGCCUUCGGCUACACUGAUGAUGGCUCAAAUUACGUGAUCGACUCCGGUGCAUCGCUGGUCAUCAAAGUCAGCAAGACAAAUGGUGACAUUACAUCCAUGCAGUACAAUAGUGUCGAGUAUAAUGGUUACACCAACAAGAAUACUCACGUGGAGAGCGGGCUGGGAGCCAGCACCGUCACAAUUCAGAAAUUCUCGUCGCCUGCAAAUAUCAUCAAGGUCACUGUGGUUUACGGUACCUUGAAGCACUACCUAUUCGUCCGCUAUGGAAACAACAACGUAUAUAUCUUCACCAACAAGGCGGAUUCUAGCGUCACUGUCUCGAGAUACAUUGCUAGGUUCAAGCCAGGUACCUGGGACAGUGCUCACAAAACAUUGGAUGCCGAUUGGUACGAUGGCACUACCUGGAGUGAGGCUUCUGAUAUCAUGACGGACUCUAGUGGCUACACCGAGAGCAAGCACUAUACAGGAGAUACGUAUGGACGAGUCAUCGAUUAUGACUACGUUGGUUACAGCUCUGGCUCCGCAGCGUGCUGGAUGGUCCGCAGCAACCACGAAAAGGCAUCUGGAGGUCCAUUCUUCCGCUCAUUACUCCGCCGCGGCUCUGCAACUGGCUCUGAUAUCUACGACAUCUAUCAUUACAACAUGGGCCAUACUGAUCCCGAGCGCUUCGGCCUACAAGGUCCCAGUGUUCUCGCUUUCACUGAUGGCGGCGCCCCUAACGCCGGCCUCUUCGCUCGCAAGGCCGAUUGGAGUUGGUUCGAUACUCUUGGUAUUGACGGCUGGGUUCCUUCCUCCAAACGCGGCCGCGUGUCCGGUGUCGGCCUUUCCAACAUGAAGUCAGGCUACACGUAUGUUGUCGGCCUUUCCAACACAGACGCACAGUACUGGGGCACCGCAUCCAGCAGCGGCGGCGCUUGGUCCAUUACCGAUGUCUUACCCGGCACCUACACGAUGACAGUCUACAAGUCUGAGCUCGAGGUCUACAAAGGUAGCGUCACGAUUACUGCUGGCGCCGGCACGGCCGUUAACACGCUCACCUGCGACGACCCUACGGACAAGACGGCCAUCUGGCGCAUCGGCGAGUGGGACGGCACGCCGAAGGGCUUCCUGAACUUUGGCGAUACCCCCAUGAAGCCGACAUACAUGCACCCGUCGGACACGCGUCUCGCCUCGUGGGACUCAUCAAACUACAUCAUCGGGACCUCGACGCCGUCCGUCUUCCCCGGCUACAUCUGGACUGAUAUCAACAACAACCACCUCGUGUACUUCAAGCUCAGCGCCUCCCAACUGACCUCGGCGCACACGGUCCGCAUCGGCAUCACCGAGGCUUACAUCAACGGGCGGCCUAAGAUCACCGUCAACUCGUGGAGCAGCUCGUCGCCCGCGGCAACGACCCAGGGCCAGACGCGCAGCUUAACGGUUGGCACGUACAGGGGCAACAACGCCAUGUUGACAUUCACAGUGCCCGCGAGCGCCUGGGUUCAGAGCACGAGCGAGUGGCAGGUCUUGACCAUCACCGUCAUCUCGGGCUCGACCGGCAGCAAGUACUUGAGUCCUGCCAUCUCGAUUGAUGCAGUGGAUAUGAUCUAG